CCUGAGUGCGUGAUCAAAGUGUCAAUCGGAUGCAAAUUUGGAAUUAAAUUGAACAAUAUUCGAGUAAAACAUGUCGAAACCAAGUGAAAAUUGUUAAAAAAGUUAAAUAAACCUCCCCUGUAUUGGGUGCAGGUGAAGUUUCGCCCGUAAAACUGAAAUCUGUGGUGAAAAACAAGAUUUUCACUUUGCGUAGUCAUAACCACUCCUGCACUGCGGCUGUCGCUACCAGUUUGAUCGAGUUUUCCUAUUUUCGUCGAUUGUUUUUGUCCGAUUCCCCUACCACACCCCACCGCCACUAGCGGCUUUUUCGGACCGCUUUAUUUACAAAACAAACGGGAAAAACAGCUGCUUGCCUAGGAGCCAUGUCGAACGUUGUUCAGCAGUUUGUGAAUGGGCUGAAAAGCCGCAACAAAGAUGCUCAAAAUAAAGCAGCACAGGAGUUGUCACUCUAUGUUAAAACCGAACUGCGUGAAAUGCAGCAGGAUGAUCUGUUGGCAUUCUUCGAGGAUUUUAAUCAUCACAUUUUUGAAAUGCUUUCCAGUACGGAUACGAAUGAUAAGAAAGGAGGCGUGCUGGCUAUAAAUUGUCUUAUCAGCGGAGAUGUGGUCAAUACAACAACCAGAAUUUCACGCUACUCCAACAAUCUUAGGAACCUGUUGCCCUCCAGCGAUAUUUGCGUGAUGGAAUUAGCCGCAAAGGUGCUGGUCAAGCUGGCACUACUGCCGGGUUCGAAGGGCGCUGAGUCGUUCGAGUUCGAUAUAAAGCGAGCGUUCGAAUGGUUGACUGAGGAACGAACCGAAGGGAAGCGUCAUGCGGCGGUUCUGGUUUUGCGCGAGCUGGCCGUCGCUAUGCCGACGUUUUUCUACCAGCAAGUGGGAUCCUUCUUCGAUCAUAUCUUUGUGCCGAUCAAAGAUCCUAAACCGAUGAUUCGAGAAGGUGCCGGACAGGCGCUGAGGGCAGUUCUUAUUGUUACCUCGCAGCGAGAAGGUACCAAGCAGAACAAUAACCCGCAGUGGUACAAUCACUGCUACGACAGUUCAAUGGAUUGUUUCAAUGAGCUUCCCACUCGUGAGAAGGGAUUCAACAGGGACGAUCGUAUUCAUGGAGCGUUGAUUGUGUUCAAUGAAAUAUUGCGUAGCUCAAACUCGGCGUGGGAGAAAAAGUAUAUGCAGCUGGAGAGUUUGAAUGUUGAUCGUCGAACUCGUCACGUAGAUGAUAGUCACGGAAUUUUUCCUCGGAUUCGCGUCCCUUUUAUGGAGAAGCUUAGCGGAGCGCAUAGUUCCAGUAGUUCGGGAUAUUCAUCCCGCUAUAACGAUGGUAGUGAUGUAAAGUUUUUUCGUCAAAAUAGCUCUAUACAGGAAUCGGCAAUCUGUCGAAAUUUGGUGAGCGACAAUUACGAACUGAUUUGUCAGAAAGUGUUAGAACAGCGCAAUUCUAAAUCUCCGUACGUCAUUCAAUCGUUGCUUACGAUAUUGCCUCGGUUGGCGGCCUUCAAUCGACGUGAUUUUGUCGCCAAUCAUCUGAAGACGGUUGUUAAUUAUUUGAUCGCAACUUUGAAGAGUAAGGAGAGGGAAAGGAAUUUGGCAUUUGUGACGCUCGGAUACAUCGCCGUGGCCGUCGAGAAGGAAAUCGAGCGAUACAUCAAAAGAAUCAUGGAGGUUGUUACGGCGGCUCUUCCUCCAAAGGACACUCCAAGCAAGAAGAAGGUUUCGGUUGAUCCUUCUGUGUUUAUGUGUAUUACACUGUUGGGACAUGCAUUGAAAAGCGCAAUUACAUCGGACGUGAAAAAUAUGCUGGCAUCGAUGCUUUCGACUGGUCUGAGCACUGGGUUAACGGUCUGUUUGCACGAGCUGUGCGAGAAUGUCCCGCAGGUGAAGCAGGAUAUCACAAGCGGUUUGUUGAAGAUUCUGUCGUGUGUGUUGAUGAACAAACCACUGCCACAGUGGUUGCCGAGUAGGACUCAAGCGGCCAUCAAUACCAACGCUUACGAGCAGCAGAUCCAGGACACGCCGACAACCGUCCUCGCUUUGCGGACUCUUGGGACGUUUAACUUCGAGGGUCAUAGUUUGCUGCCGUUUGUACAGCGUUGUGCGGAUUAUUUUCUCGUGAGUGAACAACAGGAGAUUCGGAUCGAAGCUGUUCAAACAUGCACGCUGUUGUUGAAAUUAGCGCUGCAAUCAGUGGAUUCAGCGGAUGGAUCGGAAACACUUACUCAAACCGUCGGUAAUGUACUAGAGAAGAUACUGAUUGUUGGCAUUACGGAUGUUGAUCCGAAUGUGAGGUUGAGGGUGUUGAAGUCGCUCGAUGAUAGCUUUGAUUCGCAGCUUGCUCAACCGUGGUUCCUUAGUUCGUUGUUGAUUACCAUGAACGAUGAGGUGUUUGAAAUCCGCGAGCUAGCGAUUAUCAUUAUUGGAAGGUUGUCGGCUAUUAAUCCGGCUUACGUGAUGCCAAGUCUAAGGAAGACGAUGGUACAGAUAUUAACGGAGUUGGAACAUUCGGGAAUGAGUCGAAAUAAGGAACAGAGUGCUCGGAUGUUGGACCAUUUGAUCGUCAGUACGCCGAGAUUGAUUUCUUCCUACAUGAGACCAAUUUUGACAAUAUUGGUACCGAAGCUGAAGGAACCGGAGUCGAAUCCGGGGGUGGUGCUGAAUGUGCUCAGGGCAAUCGGUGAUUUGGCGGAAGUAAAUGGAGGUCAUCAGGUGUUGGAGAAGUGGUCGGAUGAGUUGCUAGCCACUCUGUUGGAAAUGUUGAGUGAUGCUGGUUCGACAGAGAAAAGAGCCGUUGCCUUGUGGACACUGGGUCAGCUGGUCAGUGCCACUGGACAGGCGGUUGCUCCUUACCACAAAUAUCCUAAUUUGAUUGAUAUUUUAAUCAAUUUCCUGAAAACAGAACAGCAAUCCUACGUUAGGCGAGAAACCAUCCGGGUUCUUGGUCUGCUGGGAGCGCUGGAUCCGUACAAACAUAAAAUGAAUCGAGGAUUGAUUGACAUCCAAACCAACAACAUUCUGAUCUCCAUCUCGGACUCCAAGAUGGAUGAAUAUUCGGAUCUGUCUACUUCGGAAAUGUUGAUUAAUAUGGGAAAUCAGCUAGAAGAGUACUACCCGGCUGUAGCCAUUUCCACUUUGAUGAAAAUUCUGCGUGACCCGACACUGUCCCAUCACCACAUCAGCGUGGUUCAGGCCAUCACCUUUAUCUUCAAGAGUCUCGGCAUAAAAUGCGUUCCCUAUUUGUCGCAGGUCCUGCCAAGUUUACUGGGCAAUAUUCGGAAUGCCGAGAUGAAUCUGAAGGAGUUCCUGUUUCAGCAGUUGUCAAUUUUGAUUGAGAUCGUCAAGCAGCACAUUAUCAGCUUCAUGGAUGAAAUUUUUCAACUGAUCAGAACCUUCUGGAACAGCAGCUAUCCGCUGCAGUCGACGCUGAUCAAUUUGGUAGAGAAAAUUGCGAUCGCUCUCGGGUGCGAGUUCAAGAUCUAUCUCCCUCAGCUGAUGCCGCAGAUUCUCCGUGUACUCUUACACGACAAUUCCCCCAAUCGAACCGUGACCGUUAAGUUGCUAACAGCCUUGCAGAAGUUUGGCAACAAUCUCGAUGAUUAUCUGCAUCUGAUUAUUCCGGCCAUCGUGAAGCUUUUUGAACCGAUCGACAUUCCUUUCGCGGUAUCCUUGGCAGCCCUGGAAACGAUCAACUACCUGGCGGAAAUAUUGGAUUUUACCGAUUUCUCCUCCCGCAUUAUUCACCCGUUGGUUCGCGUUCUGGACAACCACCCGGGACAGCUUCAAACGGCUGCACUGCAAACGCUUUGCUCGAUCAUGAUCCAACUGGGCAAAAAGUACCUGGUUUUUGUACCUCUGGUCAACCGGGUUAUGAUCAAGCAUAAAAUCUCCUACACCGAGUACAACAAGCUACUGACCAAGCUGCAAUCUAGCACCACUCUCGCACUGGACGACGAGUUCCGUCUACGUCAGGCACGCUUCAAAAAUCGCGAAAUGUCUCUGGCCAGUGAUACCACGAUCCGUAAGCUGAACGUUUCCACGGUCGAUCUGCAGCUGGCAUUCAAAGCGAAUCGUCGUGUUUCGAAAGACGACUGGCUGGAGUGGCUUCGCAGGCUUAGCAUUGGUUUGCUGAAAGAGUCCAAAAGUCCGGCCUUACGGUCCUGCCGUACUCUGGCUCAAAAUUAUCCUCAACUGUUGAAGGAUUUGUUCAAUGCAGCUUUCGUAAGCUGCUGGACCGAUCUUCCGGACAAUCUAAAGGAAGAACUGUCGUCCAGUUUGCAACAGGCACUUCUCGUGCCAGAUCUACCGGAAAUUACCCAGACCAUACUGAAUCUAGCUGAAUUUAUGGAACACUGCGAAAACGAUACACUUCGCAUCGAUCCGAAGAUUUUGGGCGAGCGGGCAAUGGAGUGCCGAGCAUAUGCCAAGGCAUUACACUACAAAGAGGAAGAGUUUCACAACAUGAAGGAGAAGGAUCAGAGUGUGUUCGAAUCGUUAAUACUGAUCAACAACAAGUUGCAGCAGAAAGAAGCGGCCGAGGGUUUGCUGGAGUUUGCAAUGGAACAUAAGAGCGCCUCGGAGGAAAUGAAGGUGCAGGUGCGGUGGUACGAGAAGUUGCACAGCUGGGAGAAGGCGUUGAAUCUGUACGAUGAAAAGUUGAAGAUCAAUGAGGAUGAUCUGGAGUCGAGGUUGGGUCAGAUGCGAUGUUUGGAGGCGCUUGGCGAGUGGUCCACGUUGAAUACGCUAACCAAGGAGAAAUGGGAGUCGCUUGGGACGGAGGGACAAUCGAAAGCUGGUAGACUCGCAGCUGCCGCUGCUUGGGGUUUGAAAGAUUGGGAUGGGAUGCAGCAGUUUAUCAAGUUUAUUCCGGAGGAGACUCAAGACGGAUCAUUUUAUCGGGCUGUUUUAGCUAUUCAUCACGGAGAGUACGAGCUGGCGCAGACGUUGAUCGAUGAUACGAGGGAUUUGUUGGACACGGAACUAACUGCUAUGGCAGGUGAAUCAUACGAGCGGGCGUACGGCGCCAUGGUUUGUGUGCAGAUGUUGGCUGAGCUGGAAGAAGUUAUUCAGUACAAGCUGAUCCCCGAACGGCAGGAAACCAUUAAAUCCAUGUGGUGGGAUCGGCUUCUUGGAGGUCAACGGCUAGUCGAAGAUUGGCAACGAAUCCUUCAGGUUCAUUCGCUUGUGGUCCAUCCUGCGAACGAUGUCCGCACUUGGCUCAAAUUUGCCUCGCUUUGUCGAAAGAGUGGUUCCCUAAAAUUAUCCGAGAAAACACUGGUCAUGUUGCUACGAUACGAUCCUACUCAAUAUCCGGAUCAUCCAUUGGAAUAUCUGGAACCGGACAUAAGUUUCGCUUACACCAAACACACAUGGAUGGCUGGUGAACGUCAGCAAGCGUACGAUCAGCUAAACCGAUUAGUUGCUGACAUAAGCACGGAAGGAAAUUUCGAUCCAGAUGAGAAGGUUGAGAAUCGGCGUCUACUCGCUCGGUGCUACAUGAAACUGGGUCAGUGGCAAAAUCAGCUACAAGGUCUCAACGAGCAGUCCAUCAAAGGCAUUCUAGCUUGCUACGAAAAAGCAACCAAACACGACUCCAACUGGUACAAAGCGUGGCAUCUGUGGGCCUACAUGAAUUUCGAAGUGGUUCAAAAUCAGAAACAACAGGAAGAUCUCCAGAAGAAUCCGGGAGGCGAUAAGGAGAAGUGUAUGAUUCGACAGUACGCCGUACCGGCUGUGGAAGGUUUCUUCCGAUCGAUUAACCUCUCGCAUGGAAAUUCCCUGCAGGACACACUCCGUUUACUAACGCUCUGGUUCGAUCACGGUCAGUAUCCGAAGGUGUUUGACGCUCUGGUUGAGGGAAUGCGAAUGAUCGAGAUCAACACUUGGCUGCAGGUGAUCCCACAGUUGAUCGCACGUAUCGAUACCCCUCGUAAUCUGGUUGGUGAGCUGAUUCAUCAGCUGUUGAACGACAUUGGCAAGUGUCACCCACAAGCGUUGGUAUAUCCGUUGACCGUUGCUUCUAACUCAGCGUCGAAGGCACGACGUCAAGCCGCUCACAAGAUUCUCGGUUCUAUGGGUGAACAUUCGUCGAAUUUGGUCAAUCAGGCGAUCAUGUGCAGCGAGGAGCUGAUUCGUGUUGCCAUCCUUUGGCACGAACAGUGGCACGAGGGUCUGGAGGAAGCUUCACGGUUGUACUUUGGCGAGCGGAAUAUCAAGGGUAUGUUCGAAACGUUGGAACCGCUACACGAAAUGCUGCAACGGGGUCCGCAAACUUUGAAGGAAACCUCUUUCAAUCAGGCCUACGGAAGGGAUUUGAAUGAGGCGCAGGAGUGGUGUAAGCAUUACAAGAACUCGAGCAACAUCCGGGACCUCAACCAAGCCUGGGAUCUGUACUACCACGUAUUUCGGCGUAUCUCCCGACAGUUGCCCCAGCUUACGUCGCUGGAGCUGCAGUACGUCAGCCCGAAGCUGUUGGCCUGUCGCGAUCUAGAGCUGGCGGUUCCGGGAAGCUAUGCCCCCGGUCAGGAGCUGAUCCGCAUCGCCAGUAUUCAAUCGAACCUGCAGGUUAUCACUUCCAAGCAGCGUCCCAGAAAGCUAUGCAUCCGUGGUUCGAACGGCAAGGAGUACAUGUUCCUGCUGAAAGGUCACGAAGAUCUGCGACAGGACGAACGGGUCAUGCAACUGUUUGGGCUGGUGAAUACACUGCUGUUGAAUGAUCCGGAUACGUUCCGGAGGAAUUUGACGAUCCAAAGAUACGCGGUCAUUCCGCUUAGUACCAAUUCGGGGCUCAUUGGCUGGGUACCGCAUUGCGAUACCCUGCAUACGCUGAUUCGGGAUUACCGCGACAAGAAGAAGACAAUGCUCAACAUCGAGCACAGGAUAAUGCUGAGGAUGGCACCGGAUUACGAUCAUUUGACCCUGAUGCAGAAGGUGGAAGUGUUCGAGUAUGCACUGGACCUGACCAAAGGAGACGAUUUGGCUAAGCUACUGUGGUUGAAGAGUCCCUCGUCGGAGGUUUGGUUCGAUCGCAGGACAAAUUAUACACGAUCGCUCGCUGUGAUGUCGAUGGUCGGUUACAUUCUCGGUUUGGGUGAUCGACACCCUUCGAAUCUGAUGCUGGAUCGGCUGAGCGGCAAAAUUCUACACAUUGACUUUGGUGAUUGCUUUGAGGUGGCAAUGACCCGGGAAAAGUUCCCCGAAAAGAUACCAUUCCGCCUGACGCGAAUGCUUAUCAAUGCGAUGGAAGUGACGGGCAUUAAAGGCACCUACCGGCGUACCUGCGAAAGCGUAAUGCACGUACUUCGACGCAACAAGGACAGUUUGAUGGCCGUACUGGAAGCGUUUGUCUACGAUCCACUGCUGAACUGGCGCCUGCUGGAUGCUGAUAAGAAUCGACGAUCAAAGAACGCCACCGACGUCGACAGUACAACAGAAAGUAUGGAGGAGACGUUGGAUUUACUGACGAUCAACGCGAGAAACCUUCGGAUGAACGAACCGAACCCGAAUGCUGGUGGAAUCGGUGGCGGGGAUGCUGUUGAUCAGGGAAGCAAUUGCGUGGCGAAUCCAGCCGAAGCCACCAACAAUAAGGCGCGAGCGAUCGUGGAUCGUGUUAAGCAGAAGUUGACUGGAAAGGAUUUCAAUAACGUGGAACCAGUCUCGGUUCAGCAGCAGAUAGAUCUGCUGAUUCGACAGGCAACCAAUAACGAGAACCUCUGCCAGUGCUACAUCGGAUGGUGUCCGUUUUGGUAGACUGUGGGAGGUUUUCUUGCUUAUUCUAUUUUGUGACGCCUUUCGGUUUAAUGCUUCGUUUUCGUAGAUGUUAGAUUGUUGUUCAACUGACUAUUGCUUUAUGUGUUUAAAACAAGAGCUAAAUGUUGAGACGAAGUUAAGUAACAGCUAAAGUUAAGGACACACAUGCAAAUUGACUAAAUAUUCGCUAUAUUUAAAGUUGUGUAGUGACUCGUUCGCAAAAUAAAACAACUUAAGGAAUA